UUGGUCUAUUUACACAAGCUCAGAACCCAAUCACUGUACUGCUCCAAAUUAGAUACAUACUAAGGCCACUUUCCUAAACAUUCUACGUUUUUUUCAGAAGCAAUGAACAUUUUGAGUAGACCUUGGUGGAUUGGAAAUAUCUUUGAAUAUAUGCAAGAUUAACGAAUUUCGUAGUAUUUUUUGCGGUAUUAUGAGGUGUUUUUGUAGCGAGGAUCAGAACGCAACCAGACAAUUAAUUUGAGCAUGGACCCUGUGCUUUAAGCUACGUUCGAAUGCUACCUCAGACACCUCUCAAGAAGCUGGUUUCAAAAACGGGAAGAGGGUGACGAAAGGAAAUCGGGCGGCAUCAUGCCCAGAAACCUGAUCAAGGUGGCUCCAGCAUUGGAGACGGACAACGUUCUUCCAGAGAAGAACGGACUGGAGACAGUGAGUGGAGGGCUCCAGGCUCUUCCAGCCAAGACUCCUGCAGUGUUCCAUGAAGACAUCCCGCUCCAUACGAGAUACCGGGAUAAGGUGUCAUGGUGGGCAAUCCUCUACCGGUCUGUGCCCGACGCCAUCGGCAUCGGAGGGAUGAAAUAUGCCUUCAACCCAGCAGAAGUCAAGUGGAGAAGAUUCUCUUGGCUUUUACUUGUGAUGGCUGCCUUCGGGGCGUUGACCUACCAAGUCGUUGAUAGGGUACAGCAUUUUGCCAGUCAUCCUAAGAGUGUGGAUGUAUCUAUCGAAUAUACAGAUUCCAUCAUCUUCCCUACAGUAGCAAUAUGUAACUACAACACGUUCAGAAGUUCACAACUGACAGGAACUGAACUCGGAGAUUUUCUGACGAUUGCCUCCACUGAUCCUACAUCUUUGAACAUGACUAAAUAUUACGAUGUGUUAACCUCCACCAACAUGAGUUAUUUGAUGACAGAGUAUGGACACGAACUAGAUUUAUCUGUUGUAUUUGCGACUUACAGUCGCGUAGAUCUAGAGAAGAAAGCUAACUUCUCUGUAAAACUGACUGAAUGGGGACCUUGUUUUGUAUUCAAUGAUGCUGAUAAUGGAUACCCACCCGUAACCGUACAACGUGCAGGUAAAUCCUACGGAUUGGAACUAAUGCUGGAUGUGCAGCAAUGGGAGUAUUUCUUUAGUCCAUUUACUCGCCAAUCGGCAGGAUUUCAAAUCCUUCUCUACGACUAUGGCUCAGUACCCCUGAUUGAAGAUCAGGGCUUCGGGAUUUCUCCUGGAACGCAUACCCAUGUAGGAGUUGAAGUGACAGAUGUAAACAAUCUGAAGCCUCCCUUUGGAUCAUGCGAGGAUAAGGAAUUAAAGUACUCUGAUCACUAUGGCUAUGCAGAGUGCGACCAAGAAUGCAAAGCGGACUUUUAUAUCGACACUUGCGGUUGCCGGCCUUACGCUGCUCCAGAUUUAGAUUCUAUAGCUGAAUGCAACAACUGGGAAUUUUUCACCUGUGUGCUAUCGGGUUUCGCGCAAUUCGUGACCAACCACACGUGUGAUUGUCCAGUGCCUUGUAGUUUUCGGACUUAUAAACCAACCAUCUCGACCACAAAGUUCCCAUCAACAUUCUGGACAAAUGUGUACUCUGCAUUAUUUUCGUUUCCAGCUGAAGUUUUUCCAGAAAACAUCUGCUUCCUUUCGAUAUACUUCCAAGAGAUGAGUAUUCAGCAGAUAAAUCAGCAGGUUGAUUACACUUUCUUCAGCUUACUGUGCGACAUCGGAGGUUCUCUCGGACUUUGGCUCGGGGGUAGCGUUCUUACCUUUUUUGAGUUUUUCGAUCUGUUUAGUAAUUCAAUAUAUGUCUACACUAAACGAGUGCCAAAUAGGAGAUAAAGCAAACAAACAUACCUUGAAAAAACAGGACAAUCAACAGAAAUGUGCAGGUCCUUUUCUACUUUCUGCACGAUACUGAACUAUUUUUCUUGAACUAUAAACGAAUUGUGUUAUUUAUUAUGUUUCGUAUGUAGGAAACUUUCGGCUAAGUAUUUUAUCGUACAUUAAAGCCCUGACAAAACUAUAGAUAAAUACAGUUUAUGAUUUGUUCGAAACAUCAACGCAGGCGAUGAUAAUAAUAAUGAAGAAAAAAACACGAACCUAUGGAAUAUGUUAUAUUUAUAAAUGAUACAAAUUAUUAUUAAGAAUGCGAAUUUCAUGGUAUAUAUCUAGAUGCUAUGAACGUUUUAAUCAUGACAAAAACGUAGAGUUUGUUGCCAAGAACAUAAUGUUGGAAGGUGUCGUAUAAAAGACAAUCCUUUAUAUAUCAUUGCUGCCUGAGAUUAUAUUUAUCUAAAUAAAGUGCAUGAAAUGGAUUGUGACUAAAAAGGUAAGAACAUCAUUGUAUGUGUGUGCUAGAUUCAUACUAAAAUCUCUGAUCUCUGAAAAUGAUUACUAUAUGUAACGUUAUGCAUGUACCAUAUGUUUCUAUUUGAUUAUAUUGUUUACAAUAAACCUAAUAUUUUUUUUACCAUAUGGGCACACCCAACAUUAAUUAAUCAACAUUCCGACAAUAGAAACUCGACAACAAUUUAACGAAAAACGAGAUAUAUUAGGUAUUCAGUAUUUUUGAAAGGAUAAGAGUCUUAAUGGACUCAGGACUAUGUAAAUGUAUAUGCAGUGAAAUUUGCAUAUCACGUACUUUAUUUUUUUCGUAUUUUUUUUUUAAUUACGGAGAAAUGAAUGGGUACAAAGUAUCAGUAAAAGUGUUGUAAAGAUGGAGAUUGUUAAAAAUGUAUUCAAUGCUUUAAAGUGAAUUAAAAUAAAAUUAUCAAAAGCAGUCGAAUUCAGGUAAUUGUAAAAUUAGAUAAUGAGCUCAUUGUGCUCAAUAUGAUAAAUAUCAUAUAGACCAUAAGCUUUUGAAAUCGGGCCAAAUGUAAAUAAUGCGACAGUUACCUUGAAAUACCACAAGAACUUUAAUAUUUCAACAGUUUAUAGGGGAAAAUGUCUUCUAUUUUCGAAUUAUAUAUUCUAAACAUACUCUAAACACCUUGAUUUAAUACAGUGUAACAUAAAUAAAAAAGCGUACUUUGGAAAAUAAAGUGCAAAAUGAUGUAUAUUUUUUAGAACGUCAAUCAUGAAACUAUUUGUGUGUAAAUAUAUUCAGAUUUCCAGAGAUUGCUGAACUUUGAUUUGAGGAGACAGCAGUUUCAACAAACAAUGUGUAUAUUGUGUACCGAAUGUUUGCCAUUCAUAAUGACGACUACAAAUAUAGUAAGAGUUGCAGAGGUUUAUCCAUUUUUCAUUAGAUGUAAAUAAUAGUUUAUCAUUUUAAUCUAAGCUUGUCAUCACCUUCAGUAAUUUUUGUUUAAAUUAUAGAUUUUAAGGAAAUGUCUCUUUUAUUUGUAGUUUCAUUAAGAGCGUAUUUUGUUUUUCUUUCUGCUAUUACUGUUCUUCUUAUUUUUAUUAUCAAUAUUCGUAUUUCAGUUUA